CCGAUGAACAUUCACAUACGUACGAAAAUGGAGAAGAUGUGAUAAUAUGGGUAAAUACAGUUGGGCCUAAAUCGAAUCGGCAAGAAACCUAUGAAUACUUUCAGCUUCCGUACUGUCAGGGAGACCAUGUUUCUG